AUGUUAACUGUUCAUAGACUUAGGGCCAUACCAAUGACGACCUGGACCAAAGUACGGAAAGCACAAGAACAUAUCGAUCUUCGUCUUGACCAUGUUGUGGAUGAUUUGAGACGAAAGGUUUUGCGACAACGAAAGUACAUAUCAUAUCUACACAGCUCGAACAUCAGGAUAAUGGACGUGCACCGUAUUGGCUUUACUCAGCUAUCGGACAACAACAAUGCUAAGAUCAAUAUCAUUUUCAUACAUGGUUUAAGGGGACAUCCAAGGUAUACAUGGGAGUCCGGCCGAAAAGUGUCUAAUACAGAUAUAAACUCGGCUUCUGCAGCGUCGAACAAAUCAAAAUCUCGCAAAUCUCUCAAAUCUUUCGAUUCUUUCAAAUCUCUCUUCAGGUCUAAGUCUUAUAAGCCUUCCGGGUCAUCUACUACCAGCCAAAGUUUAUCUGAUAUACGCAAAGUAUUCUGGCUUCAAGAUUAUCUUGUUGAGGAUAUACAUGAAGCUAGAGUAUGGACAUAUGGAUACAAUGCAGAUAUGAUUGAUGGCUUGUUCCAGGCCAACAAUCAGAAUAGCGUGUUACAACAUAGCAGAGAUCUUGUAGAGAAGAUUAAGGGAGAGAUCGAAAAUGAGGAUUCCUUUGUGUUUGUAGCACAUAGUUUAGGUGGUAUUAUCGUAAAGGAUGCGAUACACAGCUCUCAACCAGUUCACAGGCGUACCAAAUCAGUCAUCUUUCUUGGGACACCACAUCGAGGGAGCACAUAUGCUGGAUGGGGCGAAAUCGCAUCAAACCUUGCUCGACUAGCCCUACGAGACUCGGAUAGGGAGAUUCUGGAACCAUUAGAGGUGAAUAGCGAGCUCCUCGAUAAUAUUCAUAAAGGGUUUAAAACGAUUGUAUGCGAGUAUGGGAUCAAGAUUCAUUCAUUUCAAGAAGCACAGGCAACAUCGGUUAACGAUUUCUCUUCAAAACUCGAUUUACCACAAACCCUUGAAACGGUUGAGAGUAUCGAUGCAAACCACAUGGAAAUGGCAAGAUGUAGUAAUAGAGCAGAGUCACAAUAUCGUGCUAUUCUGGGCGUCCUCCGACAAAAUAUAUCCCUCCGUGAUGAACAUUCCAUCGAGAAUACCACCACAUUCAAUUCACAACUCCGCGAACACGAAAUUCGAGAUCUACCCGGUAUACAGAAUGACCUGCAAGGCAAUUUUACAAAUGCGGGCGGGUUACAAUUCAAUGCACCAAACUUUAAUACUAAAGGAGGGUCUAUUAAUAUCAAUACUCACACCUUGCAAAACCGCUGCCUAAUUGACCUACGAACCACCGAUCCACAAUUAGACAAGAGACGUAUCGAGGAGACUAAAGGAGGACUACUCGAUAAUGUAUAUAAUUGGAUUUUGGAGAAUAGUGAUUUUCAACAAUGGCGCUGCAACCAAGAUAAUCGCCUACUUUGGAUCAAAGGAGAUCCUGGCAAGGGCAAGACCAUGUUGCUCUGUGGUAUAAUAAAUGAGCUGCAGAGAUCGGAUGAGACUGCCUUAGCCUAUUUCUUUUGUCAAGGCACUGACCACUCUCUGAGAUUUUGA